AUGUCUUUGAAUGAUAUUCGGGGCCGACUCGCUCUGAUAACGGGUGCCUCCGGUGGAAUCGGUGCAGCUUGUGCAAAAGAACUUGCGAGCCGUGGAGCUCACCUCGCUUUAACUUAUUCCACAAAUUUAACAUCUAUGGAAAAGCUUAUCAACAGCUUGCAGUCCGAAUAUGCCGUUCUCAAACUUCGCAUUUCAUCGCAUCAGGUUGAUGUUGGAUCUGCAGAUCAGCUCGAAAUUAUGUUUGAUGAAAUCGAUAAAGUGCACAAUCAGCGACCCGAUAUCCUAAUUUCCAAUGCAGGAUAUGGCAAAAGAACAACUAAUGUGUGGGAUAUCUCUCUUGAGGAAUUCGAUUACACUCUCAACAUCAAUCUUCGUGCUUCUUUCAUUCUGGUAAAAGGUGUGGUUGAGCAUAUGAGAGAUCAAAAAUGGGGGCGUAUAGUUUUCAUGUCUUCAAUUGCUGCCUAUGGAGGAGGGAUCAAUGGAUGCCAUUAUGCGUCUUCAAAAGGUGGACUGACUGGAAUGAUGAAAAACCUGAGCUCUAGGCUUGCUGAAUAUAACAUCAGUGUGAAUGAUGUUGCCCCAGCCAUGAUAGGAGACACAGGCAUGCUCCCAAAUGCGAAAUCUGUACCUGGUGUGGUCGACAACUUACCUUUGGGAAGGCUUGGAACGCCCGAAGAGACGGCAAAUGUCGUCACUAUGCUUGUGACUACGGGUUAUAUGACAGGUCAGAGCCUUCUGUUGGCCGGCGGUCUGAAAUGA